AUGGGGGACGGUGGCGCGUCGUCGCCGGUGAACCUCCAGAAUGGCACGGGGAGCGAGGCGUCUGACGCACCGGGCACCGCUGCGGCCGCGUCCGAGCAGUGGAUGGCGGGGAUGAGCUUGGUGAUGGGGUUGAUCGUCCUAUCGAUUGUGUUCGGGAAUAUUCUGGUUAUAGUGGCCAUAGCCAAGACGCAGAGGCUGCAGACGCUCACCAACGUGUUCAUCGUGUCACUGGCGAGCGCGGACCUCAUCAUGGGGCUACUGGUUGUGCCGUUUGGCGCUGCGCUCGAGGUGCGUGGCUCGUGGCUGUACGGAACCUUCUUCUGCGAGUUUUGGAUCUCCGUGGAUGUCCUAUGCGUCACUGCAAGCAUCGAGACCCUGUGCGUUAUUGCCAUAGACAGAUACGUGGCCAUCACCUCGCCUUUCCGCUACCAAAGCUUGUUAACCAAAGCCCGGGCCAAAGCAGUGGUGUGCAUAGUCUGGGCUAUCUCUGCGCUGGUCUCCUUCCUACCCAUCCUGAUGCACUGGUCCCGGGACAGUAUGGACACAGCCUGCUACGAGGACCCUGAAUGUUGCGACUUUGUCACCAACAGGGCAUAUGCCAUCUCCUCAUCCAUCAUAUCUUUUUACAUUCCUCUAGUAGUAAUGAUAUUUGUUUACGCCCGUGUGUAUAGAGAAGCGAAAAAGCAGCUUAGGAAGAUAGACAAGUGCGAGGGCAGGUUCCACAACACCUUAACCGGGCUGACCUCUAAGUGCAAGAAGAAGCCGUCUAAAAUCCUGGCACUCAGGGAGCAGAAGGCGCUCAAAACGCUCGGCAUCAUCAUGGGGACGUUCACCCUGUGUUGGCUGCCCUUCUUUAUUGUUAACGUGGUGCGAGUGUUUUGCGCAGAGGUGGUGGAUAAAGACCUUUUCGUAUUCUUCAACUGGCUUGGGUAUGUCAACUCGGCGUUUAACCCCAUCAUUUACUGCCGGAGCCCGGACUUCAGGAAGGCUUUUAAGAGGCUACUGUGCUGCCCGAGGCAAGCCGACCGCAGGCUGCACAUCAGCUCCUGCGACCUUUCCCGGUGCUCCGGUGGGUUCGUCACCUCACUGGAGCCUGGCACCUUGGGGAUGUGGUCGGACUGCGCCGCCUUGGACAACAGUGAUAGUAGCUUGGUGGGGACAGCAAAGAUUACUCACCCUGAAUCACAGCUGUGA